ACCGGAUGAUUAUUUGCCCUCGCUAGCUUGACAGCCCCUCGUACUACCCGUGACAGUUGCAGUAAACUUAUCUGGUGCUGCUUUCUGCGUUGACAAACAACCUUGCAGUUGCCAAAACGGACUGAAAAUGCUGUCUUACAUCAUUGGUUUGAUCCGAGGCGGCUUUGACAGCAUCGUCAACUUGAUCUUCAGACUUUUCUUCUCAAAGAGGAGACCAGCCCUCACCUUAGAGGACCCCAACAUCAAGUAUGCACUGCGACUGCUGGACAAACAGAUUGUCAGCCAUGACACAAGGAAGUUCCGAUUUGCCCUGCCUUCCCCUGAACACAUUCUCGGUCUCCCUAUCGGGCAGCAUAUCUACUUGUCUGCAAAAAUAGAUGGGAAACUGGUGGUUCGUCCGUAUACACCAGUGUCCAGUGAUGAUGACAAAGGCUAUGUGGACUUGGUGGUGAAGAUUUAUUUUAAAGAUGUUAAUCCUAAAUUCCCAGAGGGUGGGAAGAUGAGUCAGUACUUGGAGAGCCUGAGGAUCAACGACACUAUUGACUUCAGAGGACCCAGUGGUCUUCUUGUUUACAAAGGCAAAGGUGUUUUUGCUGUACAACCAGAUAAAAAGUCCCCAGCUGACACCAAGACAGCCAAACAUGUAGGCAUGAUCGCUGGAGGAACCGGAAUCACUCCGAUGUUGCAGCUCAUCACAGCUAUAAUGAAGGAUCCACAGGACAAGACAGUGUGUCACCUGCUGUUUGCCAACCAGACUGAGAAAGACAUCCUGUUGCGACCAGAGUUGGAGGAGAUCCAGGUCAACCACCCGGACCGGUUCAAGCUGUGGUUCACCUUGGACAAAGCACCUGAAGACUGGGAGUACAGCCAAGGCUUCAUCAGUGAAGACAUGGUGAGGGAACACCUGCCGCCUCCAAGUGAAGACACUCUCAUCCUGAUGUGUGGACCUCCGCCUAUGAUUCAGUUCGCCUGCAACCCCAAUCUGGACAAAGUUGGCCACUCCAGCAGCCGCAGGUUCACCUUCUAGACGUCUGUCCACACCAAAGAAAGGCGGUUUGGGCGUCCAGUUAUUAUAUUCCCUACCUUGAAAGCAUUAAGGCACUCGUACAGUUGCAGUGGGUAUUGCACUAUGUAUGUAUACUAUAUUUAUGCCAUCAUGCAACAACAGAAUCACAGCACGGACCAAUUAAAUUAAUCAGUCAUGGAAGGAAUUGGUGAAUAUUUUAGCUUGUUUGGGACUGAAGAUGUGAGGAUUUUUUUGUUAGUGUUGGCUUGGAAAUGAGGAUGUGAUUCCAAAUCAGUUGCAAACAAUUUUUAGUUUAGGUUUUUGUCUGUUUUCUGAGUGCCUUAACACUUGCUUUUCUUUAUGCACAGUUUAAGAGGCGCAACCACUUGCUUCAUUUAUACAGAAUAUUAUUGCUGUUGUCACGUUGAAGAUGUCAAUAUUUUGCUAAAACAUGUUCAGUGACUUGCUUAACGUGAUGUUAACUGAUACAAUGUCCAUGCUGCAAGUUAUGCAACAUAAAAAAACAAUUGCUCUUAAA